CGAAUAGCGAUGACCGACUAUCGUCUAUGGCCUCUUGAAGAGGGCUACAGUGACGAAUAUGACCCUAGAACGGACCCGACCACUUCUCUGGAGUUUGCUACAGCCGCCUUUCGAUAUGGCCAUUCUACAGUCGAUGGAAUCAUCAAGCUCUUCCACCAGGGAUUUGGAUUCGAGCAUGUGUUCCAACCGGAGAUCGUUUUCAACCCCAGUCGCCUGCGCAACCCGGAGUUUUCGGACCAGUUUUUCGUCGCCAUGACGCAUCAACCCAUGCAACGGGCAGACAACUUCGUUUCGCAGACCAUGACCAACUACUUGUUCAACGGGGAUCGGCCCUUCGGCAUUGACCUGAUCGCCAUCAACAUCCAGCGCGGCAUCGAUCACGGUCUGCCCACCUACGACGACAUGCGUGUGCUACAGGGACUCCCGCACGCUCACUCCUUCGAAGACUUUGAGGACAGAAUCCCUCCAGAGGGAAUACAUCUCUUGCAACAAAUAUAUGCAAGUCCCCAGGACGUGGACUUUUAUGUUGGUGGUCUUUUAGAACGACCUGCAUAUGACUCUGUAGUGGGUCCAUCAUUUCAGGGAGUUAUAGCCGAUCAAUUUUCGCGACUGAAGAAAGGAGAUCGUUUUUAUUACGAGUUCGGCAACCUACCCAACUCAUUCACACCAGCACAACUGCAGGAACUGAGGAAGACAAGGUUUGCUCGAAUUCUCUGUGAUUUUCGUGAUGGUGUUGCUCUCCAUCAUGUGUCACCGCAUCCAUUUCUUCUGCCGAGUGUACCUGGAAAUGAACCAAUUGACUGUAACAGCUUACCUUUGCCUCAGAUAGAUUUAUGGACGUGGAAGGAAAUGUGAUAUUAUUUCUUAGUGACAAGAACAGAGGAGGAGUGUUACACUCGUUAAUAAUCACCGUGAGUUCCUUGUUAUUUGUCAGUU